AUGGAGUGGAUUUUGUCUCUGUGCUGUGGAAGUGUAAGGAAGAGGUAUGCAGUGACACUGUUAGGUCUGCAGUGUGACCAAAGACGAGUGCUUCAGUGCUUGAAUCUGAAUGGGAAGGAGAGCAAGAAUAUAAGGCCUUUUUCUGAAGAUGUAUGUGUGAUGCAUGGGAUGGAGCUGGUCUUGCAAUCACUUGACGAUGAUGUGGACCUGUAUGAGAUAAGGGGGAUCCAUGUGAGCCAUUGUGCAGCGGUGAUGUUUUCGGUUGAUGCAGACGACAGUGACUCGGUGGAAAAGUGUGUGUCGUUGCUGAAUGAGGAAGUGAUCAAGACGAAGGAUGUUGUGGUUGUAUUCUGCAAAUCGAAUGUAUAUGGAAGUGUGUCGGUUGAUGCACUGAGACGAAGCUGUGAGGAGAUUGGGCAUGGGAAGAUUGAGUUUGUUGUGUAUGAGGAUGCGAAGAUGGCGGUGUCGGUGCAGAAGGGGGUUGACUGGAUAUGCAAUCGGCUGGAUGAUUGA